AUGGACGAGGCGAUAGCGCUAGCGGAAGCAAAAGCAGCCAGGUUGACAUUGACCAGGAUGAGGGCAGCGGCGACGGGACAACAGCCUGGCCCACGAUUGGCUACACCCAGACGAGCCAAAACUAUCCCCCGAGAAGGAGGCAACCCGGUUGACGACCUAGACGGAGAUCCAAUAGACGGGGAGCCAACAAGAAUCGAAGGAGGAGAGACGGAUAGCGAAGAAGAGUUAGAGGAAACUCAACAGGUCAAAUCUCAGAUCGACGUCGACACCCUACAGUUACUAAACGGAUCCUUAAUUCCAUCAGAAGAGGACGACAACACCUCCUGGAGGCCAGAGGCAAUCCAAAGACGGGAAGAAGGCAAGGGGAAGAGACGAGCGUCGUCUUCAGCGCGCUCACCCUCACCGAUAUUCGAUUCAGGAGACAAAUCUCAACUGCACUUUGAAGAUGGAAAUUCACCCAUCCAACCAAACGAUAGGGUGGAGUACCUAUUUGCGAAAGGUCGCCGUGCAGAAGCAAUGGCCUUACUCGACCAGUGGGAUCGGUGUGAAAAUCCAAGAGCAAACUCCAUCGCUUGA